AUUACAACAGUAGUUUUCUUCUGUACUUUCAGAGGCUAAAAUCAAUGGAAGAAACUAAGAACUAACAAUCAGAGUACAGAAAGUAGUUGGAGAAUGGCAUUGAUAUCAUUUUCUUCUCCUCCAGCUUGUUGCUGUUCUCUCACUGCUGCCAUUAAUGGCGGAAAAGCUACUUCUUUGGCUAGCCCUUUGCGCUAUAACCGUCUUCUUAUUCAAAGACGAAGUCUUUCUUCAUAUGGUAGCAAGAAUCUCCGGUGUUAUAUCAAGGCCAAGACGACGGGUUCCAAUUUGGAAGAGAAAUCCCAAUCCUCAGACUCAGAAGUGGAGUGUGUGGGUACUGGCCUGGACGUGGAGUGCCGCGUCACGCCUUCAGAUGGAGUUUCCGAGAACUCGGAGCUCAAAAGUCGAGAUUUGUUGGGGGAAAUAUGGGAGUGGGCUUUGCUAGUUUCGCCUUUCUUCUUCUGGGGCACGGCUAUGGUGGCAAUGAAGGAGGUUUUGCCCAAGACUGGGCCUUUUUUUGUCUCUGCAUUCCGGUUGAUUCCUGCUGGUAUGCUUGUGGUGGGCUUUGCUGCUUCACGGGGCCGGAAUUUCCCUUCUGGGUUUAAUGCUUGGUUUUCCAUCACACUUUUUGCCCUAAUUGAUGCUGCUUGCUUUCAGGGUUUUCUUGCUGAGGGGUUGGAGAAGACAUCAGCUGGUUUAGGCAGUGUAAUUAUUGAUUCACAGCCUCUGACAGUGGCUAUACUUGCUGCUUUGUUAUUUGGUGAGUCUAUUGGAUUCGUUGGAGCUGCAGGGCUUGUACUUGGGGUUAUAGGUCUUUUGCUUCUUGAGUUGCCUGCCCUAACAUUUGAUGAAAGAAGCUUUUCACUUUGGGGAAGUGGAGAGUGGUGGAUGCUUCUUGCGGCACAAAGCAUGGCAGUUGGCACAGUUAUGGUCCGUUGGGUUUCCAAGUACUCAGAUCCAAUCAUGGCUACUGGAUGGCAUAUGGUUAUUGGUGGCCUCCCUCUGGUGGCUUUCUCAGUACUUAAUCACGAUCCUGCCCUUAACGGGAGUUUGAAGGAGCUUACUUCAAGUGAUGUUUUGGCACUGCUAUAUACCUCGGUUUUUGGAAGUGCCUUAAGCUAUGGUGUGUACUUCUAUAAUGCCACAAGAGGCAGCCUUACAAAGCUCUGCUCUCUAACCUUUUUGACUCCCAUGUUUGCUUCAAUAUUUGGGUUCAUAUAUCUUGGUGAGACCUUCACACCUGUUCAAUUGGUCGGUGCACUGGUAACUGUGGGAGCAAUUUACAUGGUUAACUAUAAAAGCGAUGAAGCGUGAAAUCUCGUUAGUUGGAUCAAUUCUUCUACAGACGUUUGAACUUUGAACAAUCUAAUCUGUCAAGUCAGGAUAGGAGGCCAUUGAACAACAAUACCUCACGUGUGCGAAAA